AUGUCAAACUCAAAGCCUCAGACUAUAGUAGAUGCUGCCACAUCGUGGUACAUGAGAAAGUUGAAGAAUAAUCCUGUUCCGACAAAGGCUUUGACAUCGGCUUCAAUCGCUUUCUUCUCAAACUUGAUUGCUCAACGUGUUGUGGAGAGAAGAAGAGUGGACUGGUCCAGAGUGAUCAAGUUUGCUAUCUGGGGACUAGUCUCUUCACCAAUCAGUCAUUAUUGGUAUAUAGUACUUGAUCGACUCUUUAGGAAUAUCAAAGACAAGUAUCAAGUCUAUGGCAAGAUCAUUGUAGAUCAACUGAUCUAUGCACCAUUCAUCAACAUACUGUUCUAUGUCGUGACAUCAUUGUUGGACAGGAAACCAAACGCGAUCAUUUUGAAGUUGUACUUUAGCCUCUUGCCAACACUCAAGGAGAACUGGAAGAUAUGGCCAAUCGCUCAGAUUAUCAAUUUUACAUACACUCCUCCACAUUUGAGAGCAAUGUUCACAUUCUUUAUUGAGUUCAUUUGGUUCAUCAUGCUCUCUGUUGUGUCCAAGAAGAAGGUUGAGUAG